AUUAAUGCGCGCGAAAAUUUCCCCCUUAAAGGAUUCUUGGAUUUUUAAACUAUCUUUUGUGAAUUAAACAGAUUUUAUUGUAUUCGUGUCCGUUUCCGUCCCUGAAUCAUGUCGAAGGAUAUUCGUUCAUUUUUUAAUAUGGGUUCAGCGAAGAAAGCUGCCCUACCAUCGGAACCCAAAACCACACCGAGUUCUAAGCGAAAGGCCGUCAUAGUGAGUGAUGAAGAGGACGAACCGGCGAAUCGGCAAGCAUCGAAACGUGUUGAAUCUUCCGGCAAAUCCUCUGCCGGAGUCAAGAAACGGCGCGUAAUCGAAUCGGAUGAAGAGAAAACUCCGAUCAAGAAGAAACCGGAACCAUCGAAACCGAAACUUGAGAAGCUGAAACCUGUGAACGUGACGGACGUGUUCAGUUCGGCGCCGGUGAAGCGUGUGGAAUUGCCGAAGAUUCCCAAAAAGAAAACUCUCGAACCGGUCCCGCAGGACGAAGUGGUGACGUUGGAGGAUGACGACGAUCAGAUCAUUCCCGGUACACCACAGCCAGAUAAGAAGGCACCCAAGAAAGAUCGCAAUGGAAACGAUCGUCAUGAUGAGAAGCGCAGUCCGGAGAAGAAAGCCAGUUCCCCAAACGACAAGAAAGCGACUCCUCCCAGCGAUAAGAAAGUGAAGACAAAGAAGGACUCGAACGGCGAUGAAAGCCAGGCGGUGGCAAGCUCCAAGGGUCGUAAGAAGCCCGAUCUAGACUCUUCCAGCGCGAAGGAAUUGAACGAAACCGUUCUAACAGACGAAGAGCGGUAUGAGCGGAAACGCAUGUCGGCAAUAUUGUAUCAAAAGUUCAAGAACCGCCAGGGGCCAGCCAAUCCCGGUUCCAAGGCAAUUCCUGAAGGUAAACCCAACUGUCUCGAAGGGCUGCAGUUUGUUAUCACGGGUGUACUUGAGUCGAUGGAACGCGACGAGUGUGCUCAGGUGAUUAAAGAUCUUGGUGGAAAGGUGGUUGGAGCCGUCUCAAAAAAGGUAACCCACAUGGUGGUCGGCGACGAUUGUGGUCCAAAGAAGCUAUCGCAGGCCGAAGACCUUGGCAUUCCGACGCUCAGCGAAGAUGCACUAUUUGAUUUGAUUCGAGAAAAAUCCGGACAAGCAAAACAUGGAGCCGAUUCAGCUAUUAAGAAGGAAAGUCCAGGCAGUGUAGCUAGUGGCAGCAAAAGAAAAGAAUCUCCCAACGAGAAAAAGGAUGUUAAGAAGGUAAAGGCGGAACCACAAUCGCCCGUAGCUGCACGCAAAGUGGAAGUUAAAAAAGAGCCCGCGGCCUCGUCGCCGGUCAAAGUAAAGUCCGAAAAGUCUCCGGCCAAACCACAGCCAGUAAAGGUGGAGAAACACAUUUCACCAAAGAAACAAACGGCGGAACUGGCCAGUAGUGCUACCGUGAAGCGUGAAAUGACAGAUUAUCAAAAGGAUAUUAAAAGUACUGACAAUAUGGCUUGGGUGGAUAAGUAUAAGCCAACGACCACGAAGCAAAUCAUAGGCCAGAUGGGAGCGGCCAGCAAUGUGCAGAAACUGAUCGUUUGGCUAUCGAGCUGGCACAAGAACAACGAUGGUACGAAGAAGCACGCCAAGCCGAGUCCAUGGGCUAAGAACGAUUCCGGAGCGGCAUUCAAGGCGGCCCUGCUAUCGGGUCCUCCCGGUGUGGGUAAAACGACGACCGCAACACUGGUUUGCCAAGAGCUUGGCUUCGAUACGGUCGAGUUCAAUGCAUCGGAUACACGCAGUAAGCGACUGUUGAAGGAGGAAGUAUCGGAAUUGUUGAACAGCAAAUCGUUGGCCGGAUAUUUCGGUGGCAAGAGCAACAAGGUAUCCGCGAAGCAUGUCCUGUUGAUGGACGAGGUGGACGGAAUGGCCGGUAAUGAAGACCGCGGUGGUAUGCAGGAACUGAUCGCACUGAUCAAAGAAAGUCACAUUCCAAUCAUUUGCAUGUGCAACGAUCGCAACCACCCGAAGAUUCGAUCGCUGGUGAACCAUUGCUUCGAUCUGCGCUUCAAUCGUCCUCGGGUGGAGCAGAUCAAGGGAGCGAUGAUGUCGAUCUGCUUCAAGGAAGGACUCAAGCUAGCGCCUGGUGUACUCGAGGAAAUCAUUACCGGCACGGGUGGUGAUGUACGGCAGACACUGAACCAUUUGGCACUCUACAGUGCCGGUAAAUCGAUGGCGGCGUCAAUGUCGGUUGAUGCGGCCAAGAAGCAGGCCGAUUCAUCGAAGAAGGACAUCAAGAUUGGACCCUGGGAUGUAAUCAGGAAAGUGUUUUCUGCCGAGGAUCAUAAGAGCAUGACGCUCAACGAUAAGGCCGAUUUGUUCUUCCACGAUUACAACAUUGCACCGCUGUUUGUUCAGGAGAACUAUCUGAAGGUACAGCCAAAGGCUCCUCGAUCGGAACUGCUGGAACGGAUUGCUCUUACGGCGGAUAGUUUGAGUCGCGGAGAUAUGGUUGAUCGACGGAUCCGUUCCAACAUGGCCUGGUCACUUUUGCCCGUGCAGGCCAUGUUUAGCUCGGUAAUGCCGGGUGAGUUCAUGGAGGGUCACUUUACCGGGCAGAUCAAUUUCCCGGGCUGGUUGGGCAAAAACUCGAAAGCGCAGAAGCGCAAACGUUUGGCGCAGGAGAUUCACGAUCACACACGGGUGGCCACAUCGGGUUCCAGACUUGCGAUUCGGUUGGAUUAUGCACCGCAUCUGUUGCGGUCGAUUGUUCAGCCGCUACAGAAACGUGGUGCCGAAGGUGUGAACGAUUCGCUGGAGGUCAUCAAGGAGUAUCGGCUGUUACGCGAGGACAUCGAAUCGCUCGUGGAGCUUAGCACCUGGCCCAAGCACAAGAGUCCCAUGGAUUCAGUCGAUGGGAAGGUAAAGGCCGCUCUGACGCGAGCCUACAACAAGGUGAUCGCACCGUACUCGUACUCUGUGAUGGGUGCGGUCAAGAAGAAGGCCCACGAAGCGACUGACGAUGCGGAAGCACUGUACGGGAUGGACGGAGAGCAGGACGCCGCUGGACAGGCAGACUCGGAGGAUGAGGAAAAGGAGGACAAAAUCGAUGAUAAUGCUUUCAUUAAGAUCAAAAAGAAGCCAGCGACUGGUGCCGCUGCAGGAAAGGCUUCAACAUCCAAAGCAGCUGGUGCAUCGGGUAAAGGUAAGAAGAAAUGAUCGUAAUCACUCAUGCCAUGUGUUUGGUGACCAAAAUGAUUUAAUAAAGCAGGUAAAAUUGAUGUAA